GUGUUUCUGGUGCCUUGAGUAUAAGUUAAUGAUGAAAGUUUUGAGAUUUAUCUUUACUUCUCUUUCCCAUCAGGAAAGUUCCGAACUUUGACCAAUUUGAAGUAGCAGCACCAUUUACAUAAGUCCAGAGAGGAUGGGAGCAGUAGAGCUUUUAAGUGAUCCAUCGAGCUUAUACACAGUGGACUAUGUGGACAACGUUGAUUUAUCUGACACAGAUUUGGUGCAGACCGUGAGAAAGGCCCUUACAUCUGUCAAAACUGGAGACUCAGACCUUUACAGUGAGCUUGUUGGAGUUAUUAACAAGGACAUCAGAGAAUUUAAGGAUCCUGAUGCAGUGGCGCAGCUUGAGACAGUCUUGAAGGCUCUGUCAGGCUCUGUGGCUUGCAUAGAUAUCGUUCACCAUCAAAAGCUUCUUUCUUCACUUUUUGGAAUGAAAUUGUGGGACCACAGACCUGUUGUCAUGGAUGCAUUGGUGAACCUAGUCAUAUCACUGGCUGUCACUCGUGGAAAGUAUCUGGACCCUUGUCUGAAUAUGCUUGUAAGCAACUUCGUUCCGCCUCCUUCGGUAGUAAAUAAUCUUUCGCACCCCCGUGUAAUAAACAAGAAGAUAGAAGUUCUUUCUCGGGUGCAUGCAGCGCUUCUGAAAAUAUCUAUUUUGGUUCCUCUUACUCCCUCAAGAUUAGUGCCAAUGCUCUUCCAGGAAAUGCCCAAAAUACACAAAAAGGACCAUUCGAUAGUGAUAUAUGUGGAGAGCUUAUUAAAGUUGGAGAAUAGCCCAAUCGGGCAAGUUGGUGGCAGCAUGAUUCUUGGUGUGGUGAUGGAGAGGCUGCGAGAUUUGGAUUUAGAGAUUGGAUGGGAUGAUAUUCCACAAGAUGACAUGUUUGAUAUGGAACUUGAAGACCCAGUUGAAGGCACUAUAAAUGAAGGAGACGAGCUUCCUGUGGGACCUCUAAAGCAGGAUACAUCAGAUGGAAGUGUAGUCUCUAAGUUGUUGGACAAAUUAAUGGUCGUAGCUUUUGAGCAUCUUGAAUCCUGUCAAAAUGAUGGUCGUUUGGAUCAGGUGUUUGAAAUCCUCUUGGAGUCAUUUGAGAACUUCAUUCUGAACACAUACAAAUCAAAAUUCACCCAGUUUCUGAUGUUCUAUGCCUGCUCACUGGAUCCUGAAAAUUGUGGUGUGAAAUUUGCAAGUAAGCUGGUGGAGAUUUUUCUCUCCAGCAACAAGCAUCUAUCUACUAGAAUGAGUGCGGUGGCUUAUCUUGCUAGCUUCUUGGCUCGUGGAAAGUUUUUGCCGGUUUCCUUUGUGGCUAGCAUGUUGAAAAGGUUGAUAGAUGAGUGUGUGGGUUACUGCAGAACUUGCAAUGAUGAUAUUAGGCCUGAAGCACAUCAGAUUUUCUUCUCCGGAUGUCAGGCAAUCAUGUAUGUGCUCUGCUUCCGGAUGAGGUCCAUUCUGGAUGUUCCUCGCCUUCGGUCCCAGCUUACACCAUUGGAGUCAAUUUUAAUGCACAAGCUAAACCCAUUGAGGGUAUGCCUUCCAUCGGUAGUUGCGGAGUUCCUUAGACAAGCUAAAGCUGGUGGUCUGUUCAUCGUCUCAGACUCGUUCAUUUUCGAUGACCUACUUGAGUCUGAGCUCUCCCGUGCUUUUGGCGGGUGUGAGAGGCUUGAUACGUUCUUCCCAUUUGACCCUUGCUUGCUCAAAACUUCAAACAGCUUUAUCUCCAGGAAUUUCAUCUACUGGUCAAUGGUGAGCGCGACCUAUGACGAAGAUGAAGAAGAUGAUGAUUUUGAUGCUGAGGUGAUCGUGAACGGAGAUGAGGACAGUGACGAAGGGGACGAGGCUGAUCUUGACUAUGCCCUGAACAAAAUGUCCAUAACGCCUAAGCACUCUUUCAAGAACAAGAUGGAAAGAGACAGACUCUUAAGAAUGCCUUCCAGAAUCAGACCCUCCACUAGUCCUGAAUCCUUGUGAUUCUACUAUACACAUUUUUGUAACAAUAUGUAACAGUGGUUCGACUCGGAACU